CAUAUUAUCUCCCCAAUUCAGCCGCAGCCUCUCGAAACACGAAAACAAAGAAGCCAUCAGAUGGAGAAAAGACUCUCAAAGAUUUCUCAAACCCUAACCCCAUCCCCAAUCCAAGAACUCUCCCAUCUCGCCCAGCGAUGCGGCGCCAUCAACCUGGCCGAGGGCUUCCCGGACUUCGCCGCCCCGGCCCACAUCAAGAACGCCGCCGUCUCCGCCAUCAACUCCGAUCUCAAUCAGUACAGUCACGUGCAAGGCAUAUGCGACCUACUGGCAACCAGAAUGAAAUCGAGCCAUGGUUUGGAUAUAGACCCUGAUACAAACAUAGUGAUAUGUUGUGGCCAGACUGAGGCUUUUGCUGCGACAAUGUUUGCAAUAAUUGAUCGAGGUGAUGAGGUUUUGAUAUUGGAUCCUGCUUUUGAGACAUACGAGACCUGUAUAAGAUUGGCCGGAGGGGUUCCUGUAUAUGUGCCCUUGGAUCCACCGCAUUGGGCUUUGAAUGUAGAUAGAUUGAGAAAAUCUUUUACAAGCAGAACGAAAGCCUUGGUUCUAAACAGUCCUCACAAUCCAACAGGCAAAGUUUUCAGCAUGGAAGAGCUUGAAGCCAUUGCUGGGGCUUGUUGUGAAAUGGAUUGCUUUGCAGUUACAGAUGAAGUUUAUGAGUAUAUAACCUUUGAUGCGAAAAAGCAUAUAUCUCUUGCCUCUCUUCCUGGAAUGCAAGAGAGGACUAUUAUCACUUCAUCCCUGUCUAAGACUUUUAGUGUUACAGGAUGGAGAAUUGGUUGGUCUUGUGCUUUAGCUAACAUAGCAUCAGCAAUAAGGAACAUUCAUGUCAAAAUUACAGAUUCAGCGCCAGCUCCUUUUCAAGAAGCUGCAUUAACUGCCCUGAAAAGUGCACCGGCAUACUUCGAGUCUUUAAAACAAGAUUAUGAGAGGAAGAGAGAUUACAUUGUUGAUGUUUUAGCUUCUCUUGGUCUCCAAAUUCGAUUCAAACCACAGGGAUCAUUUUUUGUGUUCACGGAGCUUCCCGAGACCUGGUUACUUUCCGAUGCUGAUUUUGUUAGAGAACUAAUAAAGAAAGCCGGUGUAGCGGCUGUACCUGGUUCUGGAUUCUUUCACUCAGCAUGUAACAAUGGCGAGAAACAUCACAACAGAUAUGUAAGGUUUUCUUUCUGCAAGAGUGAUGCAACUCUUAAUGCUGCUGCUCAAAAACUGCGAGAGCUCGCAAGAAGUAACGGACAUUUGCAGAUGUUUGAAUUGGAAAAGGCUUCAGAUGUUUGAAUUGCUUUCCUUAUUCAUUUUGGUGAAAAUCUUGUCUACUUAACAUCAUUGAAUGAUUUCUCAAUCGGAUGGGGUUUCCG